AUGGAGACUUGGCUAAGCAAAUGGAACGCGAGUUCGGUUAAAAUGGGAGCGAGACGGUGUUGCUGGUGCUGGAUGAUAUGGAGCCCGGCUCAGAACAACUUGUUACCAGGUGGAGUAAUGAGAUGUCAUCAAAUACUAAAUCCAAGAUUUUGGUUUUCAAAAGCUACUCUCCAAGGUUUGGGCAUCCCAGUGCAGAUGACGCCAUUGCGUGAAGAAGAUGCCAUCGCUCUUUUACGUCAUUUUGUUCAACCAAGUGGCACGACCUCCUACACUUUCCUCCCUGACAAUGACACUCUCCUACGGGUCGUACAAGUCUGUGGAUGUUAUCCGAUGGCCAUCAAAAUAAUUGGCCGGGAUCUCCAGGGCCAGCCCAUUGAGUUCUGGCAGAAGAAGUUGAAACAAUGGUCGAAGAAAGGUCAUACUGAUACAGAGUUGCUUGCUCAUCUCCGUCGUUCCUUGAGAAUAGAACUUUACCAAGAAGUCGAGGAUGACAUAGAUGCCAUGAUCCACAUCCACUAUUUGACCAACAUGAAUUUGGCUGAAGUGGUUCGAAGGCGAAUUGGAAGUGAUGAAGACAAUUACUACAAGAAUCACUUCUUAACCCAGCAUAGUAUUCUGAAAGAGCUGGCUAAUAAAUAUUCAAUCGAGCAGGGGGAAGCAUUCGAGAGGAAAAGACUAAUUGUUGAAAUAAGUGGGAAUGAACCUCCAGAACGGUGGCAACAGAAACAGCCGCGGCGAAUGAUCUAUGCCUACUUGCCAUUGUUGAAAGGACCAACGCAGCAAAGGGUAGAUGCUCGUAUAUUAUCCAUUUCAACAGAUCAAGAGGUCACUCCAGAUUCGUGGGUAAUUCAAGCGGCCCAAGCUGAGGUUCUGAUUUUAAACCUUAAGACUACCGAAUUUACAUUGCCGAGAUUCAUUAGGGAAAUGAGAAACCUGAAAGUUCUCAUCCUGAUCAAUUAUGUGGAUCGCUGGUUCACUAAAUUCAAAAACUUCGAGCUGAUUAGUUUUCUACAGACUCUCAGGAGAAUCAGAUUGCAGCAGGUUUCAGUUCCAUGCCUCUGGGAAUCCAAGAACCUGCACAAGUUAACGCUUUACAUGUGUGAAGUGUCCGCAGCUUUUGAGAACAGUUCCAUGAAGUUCCCAAAUUUGGUAGAGCUGAACAUUGAGCAUUGCAAAGAUUUGGUGAAGCUGCCUGAUGGGCUUUGCGACAUUGAAACCCUAGAGAAGCUCAGCAUCAGUAAUUGCUCUAAGUUUAUGGAACUUCCGCAAGAAAUUGGAAAGCUGAAGAACUUGAUAUUACUACGGAUUAGUUACUGCGUGGAGAUCAAGGAACUACCAGAGUCAAUCACAGAGCUCGAGAGCCUAAGCUUUCUUGACAUAUCAUUCUGCCUGAACAUCAAGAAGUUACCGGACAACAUCGGUGAGUUGAGGAGUCUAACGAAUUUGAACAUGUCGGAUUGCUCUAUAAGUAGUCUGCCUGACUCGGUGACGAGAUUGACACAUUUAAAGAGGGUGACAUGCGAUGGAUAUACAUGUCAUCUUUGGGAAGUUAUCCAGCGGUCCCGAAGGCUUUAA